AGAUUCUAUCUCUUCAAAAAGCACUGGUUUUCAUCUGUUAUAAUUUGAAGAAAUUUCAAUAUUCCUUUACCCUCAUCCAAAUCUCACCAAUCUUCAUCGCCGCGAAUUUCUAAUUUUAUAAUGUGUUUCAUAUUAAUUGUUACAUGCUUUGAUUUGUGAAUAAUUUAGGAUUUUUGAUUUAUCUUAUUUAUUUGUAAAGAAAGGAAAAAGAGAUGGAUAAGUACGAGACGGUGAAAGACAUAGGAUCCGGGAACUUUGCCGUUGCGAGGUUGAUGCGUAAUAAAUAAACCAAAGAACUCGUCGCUAUGAAGUAUAUCGACCGUGGACAAAAGGCUAGAUAUUUUUUCCAGCAAUUGAUCUCAGGAGUUAGCUACUGUCACUCCAUGCAAAUAUGUCAUCGAGAUUUGAAGUUAGAGAAUACCCUGUUAGAUGGCAGUCCUGCUCCUCGUCUCAAAAUCUGUGAUUUUGGUUAUUCAAAGUCAUCGCUGCUGCAUUCAAGACCCAAGUCAACGGUUGAAACUCCAGCAUAUAUUGCACCAGAAGUUCUUUCUCGAAGAGAAUAUGAUGACAAGAUGGAAGAUGUGUGGUCGUGUGGAGUGACUCUUUACAUUAUGUUGGUUGGUCUUAAGAAUUUUAGAAAAACCAUUUUAUGA